AUGUCAAACUAUAAUUGUAUAGUUUGACGGUGUAGGACUGCAACAACAUCUUGAUUAGUUCCUCAUCAGAUGCAACUACCUAAUCCUUUUGUUAAUCUAACAUAUUUAUUUCUUGAAUUCUUAGUUACCAAACAUGUCAAUCUUUCACUCUAUGCUCUCUUUCAAGUAAAUGUCACUGUUAGAAUGCUUAGUUACCAAACAUGUCAAUCUUUCACUCUAUGCUCUCUUUCAAGUAAAUGUCACUGUUAUGCUGAAGUUUUGUCAAAAUGAAAUGUAAAUCCCAAACAAAAAAUUAUAUCGCUCUCAUGGCUUCACUUUGUUGUAAACAAAAGAAAGUCUAUUAAGAUUUUAUUAUAGUAAAAUAGCAACGUUACAAAGCAUUUUCAAGAUUCUAUUAAGAUACAUAAUUAUAUCUUCAGAUUUAGUCCUAUGGGAAGUAAGAUCGACCACAGUUUAAACGAUGAACGUAGGUUAUACAUACUUUAAUUUGCCGAAAAUGUUGUCAUCGAUUGGACAAUCUAUGAUACAGAAAAUUCAACUCCUAAGUUUGCUAAGUUAUAUGUUCAUCAAAGAGAGAACUAGGUUGUAUGUCGACAUCAUUCAAUUAUGACGCGUGAUAAUUUGAAUUCUCUACGUGAAGUUGUUGUCACUAGGUUGAAGGAAAUGUUAGACAAUUUCAAUAUGUCGCCUAACGUUUAGAUAGCUUAUGAAGUUAAAAACUUAUGGCAAAUCUAAGAUAAGAUGGUUCUAAAUAUGAUCUUCCAAGUAGUAAUGAAGUUGCAAUUCUUAUAAUCUGACAUUAUUGUUGAUCCUGCACACACUUAAUUUAUUUGAUUUUGGUGCUAGUUAAAAAUCGAUGCAUUGCAAACUAUACAUGUAAAAUACUACUUUUACGAUGAAGUAUAACUUUUAACCUUGGUAUAUUGUAAUUUAGAUUGUUUAGUCUUUGUGAUAGUUAUUAUAGAAUAAAGUAUAUUACUUUUACGAUGAAGUAUAACUUUUAACCUUUGUUGUUAAAUAUAAGAAAGUAACUGAAAGACGAUCACUAAUAACGGAAAGGUUAAAUACACUUGUAUAUCCAAAACUUUCACGGUUGUGCCAAUAAUAUCCAAAUUUCCCGAAAUACCACUUAUAUCCAAUUCCUUCACAUUCUUUAAUGGUGUUUUUGGAUAUACAAGUGUAUUUAACCAAAAAUAUAUUGGGAAAUGGAUAGAUUUGGCAAAGAACAAAUUUAAAACAUGGAUAUAAGUGGUAUUUCGGGAAAUUUAGAUAUUAUUGGCAUAACCGUGAAAGUUUUGGAUAUACAAGUGUAUUAAACCUAACGGAAAGGAAACACACAGACAAACCAAUUUACGUGGUAUCCCUGGAAUUCAAGAACUAAUCCAAGAAAGAGUUAGGACUCUUCGAGCUCAAAUUCACUAUUCAGAGGUGUCUCUCUUAGCCACCAUUAUUACAGCAAAGAUCUAUAUAAACACCCUCCUAUAGCGGAACCCUAGGAGAGAAACAUGACUCACUCGGCCAAUCCUCUCCAUACAUGGGUUACAUGAGUCAAAAGUAAAGCCCAAUCACGAACAAGUCUCAAGCCCAAAAUAAUAUGUACAAGAAAAUGAAAAACAAGAUACAACUCAUCUAACAUCCUCCACCAAAUUGAUGCAGAGCAGAUAGCAUCAAUUUGCUUGACAAGUACCAAUGACGACUCGAGGGAAAAGCUUUCAUAAGGAUAUCCACAACCUGCUCUUCUGUGCGAAGGUAAUGCAAAGUGAUCUCGCCAUCAUGAACCAAAUUUGUGAUGCAAUGGAUGUGAAUCUCAGUGUGCUUAGUACGAUCAUGUAAGAUAGGAUUAACGGCAAUACGGAUAGAGCUCGUGUUAUCAACAAAAAGUUCCAUAGGAAUCAGACAUACAAUGCCGAAAUUGGCCAAGAGUCGACGAAGCUAGACAAGCUUAGAGGCAACAUCAGACAUGGAGCGAUACUCCUCAGUAGACGAUUUAGAGACGUUGUCUUGCUUCUUGCACCGCCAGGAAAUAAAUGCUACCCCCAUACUGAACACACCAACCAGAAGUAGAACGACGAUUAUCACACAACCAACAAAGUAGGAAUCACAGUAGACACGUAAGCCAACAGGGUCAGAGGAAGGAAAUAACAUACCAACAUCACGAGUUCCCUAAAGAUAGCAAAGAAUAUGAUGAAAUGCAGCAAGAUGAUCAGUACGCAGAUGAUAGACCGUUAAUUACACAUGUUUUCACCCCUGUUCUUACACCGUUUGAGAUGUGGUUUCUCGUGUUUUAGACCGAUUUCACACUAGGUUGUGCUUGUUUGUGAUAUUUCAGGUCCUGGCAAGUGAAUGAAGGUUUAGGAGCGAGUUCGGGGUCGAUUGGACGAAGAUCGGGCGCGAGGCAAGUCACAAAGGAAGUCGCACGGGCACACCCACAACCCACACGGCCGUGCAAGUGACAGUUUGGCCGUGUGGGAUUGUGCGAGAGCAAACACGGGCAGAGCAGAAAAUCCACACGGCCGUGCAAGGUGAGCUGCACGGCCGUGCAAGGUGAGCUGCACGGUCGUGCGACCCUGGCCGUGUAAGAAGCCUGGAAUUCAACUAAGUGAUACGCUGCGUUUUGACUCGCACGGGCAACUGGGUGAGCCACACGGCCAUGCGGCCUGCCCGUGUGAGUCGGGAAUUGCUGGUUAAAACCCGAUUUUCAGCUAAAGGAAAGGGGAGACCUGGGUUUUGGAUCCCAAACACCCAAGGGACGAACCCUAGAGAGAGAGAGCGACUUGGGAACAUUCUUGGAGCUACUUUGGAGGAUUUCUUUGCCAUUGGAGCUCGGGAAUCAAGCUUGGAGAUGGAGAUUUAAGAUCUAGAUCAGAUUUCUGCAGUCUCUCUCUUCUCUAUGGAGUAACUUCCCUUCACUUAGGUUUUGAGGAACCCUAGUUCCAUGAGUUAGGAUCUUUCUUGUAUGAAUUUUUGGAUGCUAUAUUGUUUGAUUAUAAUCGAAUGAUGCAUGUUUAUUGAGUCAAUUGAAGUCUGAUCAACUUUUCCUGAUUUCUGCUGCAACCUGAGAUAGAUAGAAUCUGAUUAGGUUGUUAGAGCCUCAUCAUUCGGUAGUAGGAGAUUGGCUAUACGAGAGUUAGCCAGUUUACUGCUUUGUAAUGGAAUCCAAUUCCAGUAGUGGAGUUCUGUUCUUAUUGCUUCAGCUUUCUAUCCCGGUGAAGACUAGUCGUCUGCCGGAUAGUUAGACUGAGAGGGCUUGGUCAGCUUAAGAGAUUCCAAGCUAUUGUCGGAUCUUUCGCAGUCUAAUCAAUAGUAAAACAACCAAAAGGAAUUACAACUUGGACCUAAUUGAGGAGCUAGGGGAAAUCAUACCUAAGUGAGUUCCCAAACUAUAAUUAGUAGUUUUACUUAGUUUAGUUAGUAGAGUAGUUUAGUUAAUCAAUCCUUAAUCUAGUUUGCUAGAUAAUGAACUGAAGCUGUGUAAUAGUAACUCUAGAGACCCGUGGAUUCGAUAUUUAUUACUUGUGCCACUAUAAUGCAGUCUCUUUCAUUGGUUACACUUGGCCAUUGUUAGGUGUUGUGUCAUAGCGAGUCAAGUUUUUGGCGCCGUUGCCGGGGACUUUCUCGAGUAUUAGGAAAGGCAGAAGUUUGUUACUUUAGCGUUUUUCUUUCUUUUCCACCCUUGCUUUUCACUUGGGUGUUUUUUUUUCGUUUUUGUUGGUGCAGAGCUGAAUCAUGAAUCCUCAUGGCUUCUCCAAUCAUUGGGGGUAUCCACCACCAUCCGAGUGGUAUUACCCCGAGACUCCCUGGAGCAAUCAAGGAGGAGAAGACUAUGGAUUCGGGUUCCAGUACCAACCCCCUUUCUAUGGAGAACAACUAGACCCCUGGGUAUAUCAAGAACAACCUCAUUACCAAGAAGACUUUCUCCCACAACCGGAAGGGCCAUCGGAGUUGGAGUUACCCAUGGCGGCCUUCACGGGCCACUCUGCAGAGCCAUGCUACACUUCACUGGAAGAUCCGAACAAACAAUUAAGGCUUCUCGUGGAGCAGUUUGCUCGAGACACUGAGAAAUCAUGCUCCGAGAUGGAUCUUCAAAUCAAAGCCCUUGCCACUUCCGAUCCCUCAUUUCUCCAUGAUAUGGAGGAGACUGUUCAGCGCUCAGCGAAGCAAAUAGAGUGGGUGAAGCAAGUUUGCUCACAUCUUGCUCAAGAUCACCUUUCUGCUACCACGCUAGAAGAGGUGGAGGAUGACAAAGGCUAUGGGAGCGUUGAGGAGCAUACAGAAGUUAUCACAGAGAACUCCCAUGAUAAUCAUGAUCAGGAAAGUCCUUUGGUUGCAGACCACACCUUUCCUCAUUUAUGCUCUAACAUGUUGGGCCCGUGCGAGGAGAUGCAAGAUGAUCCCAUUGAAGAAAUUGCUUGGCGACUUGCUCUCCAAUCUAUUCUAGAAGAAGAAGAGCGAGCAAGGAUGAGGAAGGAAGUUGUGGAUGAUGAGGAAGAAAGAAAAGAAGAGGUGGUUCUUGAUCUUUUCCCAGGGGAGAGACCACAUUUUGAAGAAGGAAGGGGGGUUGAGGAAGCAAUUGGCGUCCAGGCUGAGGAUGAAGUUGAGGUGGAAGAGGCAUGCACCGGCCAUGAGUUUCAAGUAAUAUCCCCACCAAACUUUGAGGAACUGCUUAGCAAGGACCCAUUUGCAGUGUCUCUUUGCCAGACCAAGGCCACAUCAACAUCGGUCCCUCUUGGUGGACCCGAUGGUGGCCAAUCGAUGCUGUCAUAUCUGGUUUGGGGCAAUGAGACGAGAGAAGAGAAGAAGAGGUCUCGAGGGUGGAGACUUCAUCUGCAUCAAGUACAUGAGCCUUCAUCACCUGCCACACCACAUGCUCGUGACUUGAGACUCCACCUCAUCGACGAGAACCUCAACUUCAAGGAGGUUCUAGCAUGGACCGAAACUUAGGAGCCAUCGUCCGACUCACGACGUGAAAGAAGCGCUUGUUGGGAGGCAACCCAACCAGUCGGUAUGCAUUUCUACCUCUAUUUCUCCUCGGUUGAGUCAGUUUUGCUAUUUGAUUUUAGAGUCAAUAACUCAACCUUUGUGAGAUUUAGUUUGGUGUUGUGUUUUGGCGUGUCAAGUUUUUUGCGCCGUUGUCAAGUUACCAGAUCAAGGGUGAAUAACUCAACCUUUGUGAGAUUUUGUGUGGUGUUUGUGUUCUGAUUACUCUCUCUUUCUGGAAUGCACCGCCUGACCCGUUCAUCAUCAUUCACCCUUGAUCUGGUAACUUCGUUCUACCCUCCUUAUCUUUCCUCCAUUGAGGACAAUGUCGUGCUUAAGUGUGGGGGGAUGUUCGAUUAUGUAUGCGAGUGAAUGUUUGGCUGUUUGUGUGCUUGGAGCCUAGUCCACUGUCCAAAUUUUUAAAUUUGAGGGCUCCAAGUACGUGUUCCUUGCAAUUGCCUGCUCAGUAUGCUUUGAAUUGACAGUCUUUAUAGUAAUAUGCAACCUAGGGAGGUAGUGUAGCACUAUGGAGGAUGUUGAUGCAUUUAAGAAAUCUCAUUUCUUCUUCAUAUUGUGAUGGUUGAUUGAGUGAAUUAGUGAUCUUAGGACCCUUGAAUUGUGUGGUGUUGUGAUCCUUGAAAAAAAAAGAGUAAAGAAAAAAAUAACAGAAAACAAGCAAAACAGAAAGAAAAGGGGUUCCAACCAUCUUCAAAGAAAAUAGAGCACCUUGAAAAAUGUGAGUCCAUGAUCCUUUGUUUUUGAGAAUCUCUUCAUCCACAAUUCAUUUGUCCUCUAUUCACUAUUUGCCAUGAUGCCGACUCGAUACUAGUGCUCUCGCCGAAGAAGCUAUGAGAUGACUUGUGCGUCGGUUGACCUCGUAAGCUGCUAAAUGAUCUAGGAAGUCCUCUACCUACGAUCUGGGGUGUUUGUUGCUAUAGAGGUCUGGAGAGUUUCAUUGGUUUGAGUUAGGUUUGCUUGGGGACAAGCAAACGGUUAAGUGUGGGGGAGUUUGAUAGACCGUUAACUACACAUGUUUUCACCCCCCCUGUUCUUACACCGUUUGAGAUGUGGUUUCUCGUGUUUUAGACCGAUUUCACGCUAGGUUGUGCUUGUUUGUGAUAUUUCAGGUCCUGGCAAGUGAAUGAAGGUUUAGGAGCGAGUUGGGGUCGAUUGGGCGAAGAUCGGGCGCUAGGCAAGUCACAAAGGAAGUCGCACGGGCACACCCACAACCCACACGGCCGUGCAAGUGACAGUUUGGCCGUGUGGGAUUGUGCGAGAGCAAACACGGGCAGAGCAGAAAAUCCACAUGGCCGUGCAAGGUGAGCUGCACGGCCGUGCGACCCUGGCCGUGUAAGAAGCCUGGAAUUCAACUAAGUGAUACGCUGCGUUUUGACUCGCACGGGCAACUGGGUGAGCCACAUGGCCGUGCGGCCUGCCCGUGUGAGUCGGGAAUUGCUGGUUAAAACCCGUUUUUCAGCUAAAGGAAAGGGGAGAGCUGGGUUUUGGAUCCCAAACACCCAAGGGACGAACCCUAGAGAGAGAGAGAGCGACUUGGGAACAUUCUUGGAGCUACUUUGGAGGAUUUCUUUGCCACUGGAGCUCGGGAAUCAAGCUUGGAGAUGGAG